CCAACCAAUCUGGCAACCCGCGUAACCGGUGGGUUCAGUAGUUUCUGUGGGGAAGAUGGUGGACCUGGUGACAGCAGCGUGCUCCAAACUCCGUCCUAAACACUUCGAGAAAUAUUUACCAUCCCAACCUGGCGUUAGGUAUAGAUUACCCGGGGACAAUCACAGAUAAUACACAGAAAAACUGGUAAAAAGUGGGACAUAUUCCGCCCUGGACAGUUCUUUUUUCCGGGAUUGAAGACGGCAGAGAGUUGCAAAACGUGGUUGGUGUUGCUCGUCACUGACGCUAGGCGAAGUGUCAACAGAAGAGUUUGAAAAAAGCUGUUAAAUAACGGAGGAGCGGACUUGAAGGAGGCUAAGCGACGCUGCUACCUCAGCUAGCUUUGUUGUGACCCGGAGGAUCUGCUCGACAUGCCGCGGAGUAAAAAAGGGAAACGUGGCUCCAGUAAGCCGGGUUCUCUGCGUCAGGAGGUUCUUCAGCUGCAGCUUUCAGCUAAAGGAUCGUUGAAAGGUGUUAAAAACGGGAUGAAGGGAGAAUCUGCAGCCAGUGACGAUGAGCUGACAUCGGACAUUCUCAGCCACUACAGUAGCGCCAGUGAAACUGCUUCUGUCCUGGAAGAGGGCCCAGGGAGUGAGCAGGUGGAUGAACAGACUGCACAAGAAGAAACGGAAGACAAGCUCAAGCAGUGUAUAGACAACCUAAUGGACAAAAGUGCAAAGACUCGUCUGGCAGGCCUGGAGUCACUACGACAAGCUUUCUCCUCCAGAGUUCUGUACGACUUCCUGACAGGCCAGCGUCUCACCGUGCGCGACUGCCUGGAGAGAAGUCUCAAAAAAGGCGGCGGAGAGGAGCAGGCCGCGGCCGCAAACGUUUUCACCCUGCUGUGCAUCCAGCUGGGAGGAGGGGACGAGGCCGAGGAGGGCUUCAAGUCGCUUCGUCCUGUUCUCACCUCCAUCCUGAAUGACGGCGGUGCCAACAUAGCAGCUCGUCAGAGCUGUGCCAGGGCUUUGGGGCUGUGUUGCUAUGUCUCCACUGCAGAAGAAGGAGAGGACCUGGUCAAGUCGCUGGCUCUUCUGGAGAGUGUCUUCUCGUCUUCCUACCCUAACAGAGAAGGAACGCUGCCCACACACAAACCGGGUCUGCCCGGCCUUCACACUGCCGCCCUGCAGGCCUGGUCACUGCUGGCCACGCUCUGUCCCACUUCCAAACUCAGUGAGCUGCUGGAACUGCACCUUCCUAAGCUUCAGGCCUGUCUGCAGAGCAGCGACGUCAACUACAGGAUUGCAGUGGGAGAGACGAUCGCUCUGCUGGUGGAGUUAGGCCGAGAUAUAGAUGAGGAGUUUGAGGUGGAGGACACCGAAAGUCUGUGCGAAUGUCUGAAGAGUUUAGCCACAGACGGCAACAAACACAGAGCCAAAAACGACAGGAGGAAACAGCGCUCCAUCUUCAGAGAGGUGCUACAUUACAUAGAGAAUGAGGAUUUCACUGAGGAGAAGAUCAGAUUUGGGGUGGAGAGCGUUUACAUCGAUGGGUGGAUGAGGAAAAGAAUCUACGAUGCCUUCAAGGAGAUCCUAGAAUCUGGAGUUAGACACCAUCUACAGUACAACCAGCUUCUCCGAGACAUCUUUGGCCUUGGACCUCCCCUCAUCUUAGAUGCUGCUACUAUCAAAGGCAGUAAGAUCUCUCGGGUAGAGAAGCAUUUAUUCAACUCGGCUGCCUUCAAAGCUCGAACGAAACUGAGGAAUAAAGUCAGGGACAAACGCGCUGAUGUCAUGUGAGGGAUGGACAAGAAGGGAGCGGAUGAGGAACCGAGAUGCCUUCGGAUCUUCACCCAUCACACACAAAAAGACUCAGAUUUUUUCCCCUUGUGCUCUUCAUUUGCUCUACAAAGAGCUUUACCUGCUAUUAAGUGUUUUUGCCAGACCAGUUGUGUGGUUUUAAUGAAAACAUUUUGAUGCUUUUUGGUUUUUGUAUUAAUAAGUAGCAGAACAGGGUUGAAAUCUGAACCAAUCAUUAAAAGAAUCUGAUUCUGUCCAAAAAAAAAGGAGCCAAGGAAACGUUCUGCUAAGUGUCUUUACUGUACGGGAUGUCCGAUUCCUUGUUUACCCCCCUGAAAGCACCAUGUCUCUCACCCAGCCAGAGUGGCUUCUUCAGCGGCCAAAAAAAGCUUUUUACAAACAAUGCAACCUUUGAGAAAAAUGUGUGUGGUGUUUGUGUGCGAGUGUGUUUUAUCUGACAUUAAUUUAACCAUGAAAUAAAACACUUACCAUGUGAAUCCAGAAGAUGCCUAAUUAAAAAAAAGAAAACAUUAUUAUUGUCAUCUCUGUAUUGUUUUUGCUUUUAGAAAAGAAGUGAGAUUUUUCUGGUGGAAAAAAAUUUGUAUUUUACUGUUUUUAAUUUAUUAUAAGAGCUGUAAUAAGUGUUUUUUAAGAAACUUGAAAUUAUAAACUGUUUACAGAGACAACUAUGGUUAAAGAUGACAGAAGUUUAUAUAAGUUUUCUUUCCGAUUCAUUUUUAACGAGGGUUACCGGGUCAUAAAAUAUUUACGUGUAUGUAACACAUAGCACAUGUAUUCAAGGACAUGUGUGUAUGUGAGAUGAAUUAAAUGAAUUUUAUUCUCUAAACAACAAUAAAUGCAUUCUUAGCUGCUGAUCAACAA